GGUUAAAGGUCAAGCCCAUAAAGCUCUGUGAUUGGAGAAUUGUCCCUGCAAGUAUCAUGAUGUCACAAUAGAAACAUGUAAAUUAAAAAUAAUACAUUCUAAUCUGUCCCUCCCCCAUAGAACAGAAUUACAGAUUAAGAAGAGUUAAUUUAACAAAGCAGCGGAGGAGAUAAGGAGGGGGAGUAGUGUGGAGGUUAUGGAGACAGAGGGAAAGGACGCUGGGCAUCAGGAUGUCUACGAAAGCCUCGAAAGGCAUCAGGAUGGUGUCCCACUUGACUCAAUGCCCGUCACACAACAGGCGGGCGCCCAACAAAUGGAAGAGGAGAUGAGAAAUACCUACGAAAGCCUCGGAAGGGCUUUCAUGGCUCACUUAGAGGCCCAUAGCGGGCACUGUGAGGUCAUUGCCCAGGACACACUGCAACGAUUCACUUCGGAUCAACAUACCCAUUAUCAAAUGGGUGGAAACAUCCAGAAGGGAAAUCAUCUGGUUAUGGAGUUUUUUAAUGGCAAGAGCUUGCAAGAGUACUCCAGAGCGAAGAUGGAGAGAGACCCCUUCAUGAGGAUGGAGAUGAACAAGUGGAGAGCAGAGAUAGAGAGAAAGAGGGAGAUGGAGAGAGAAAGAGCGGAGCUGGAGAGAACAAGGAAGGAGGUGGAGAGAAAGGAGAAGGAAGUGAAGCUAAUAAGAGAGGAGAUUCUAAGAAAAGAGGAAGUGACAGUGAGGAUGGAUCAGAAGAAGACUGGAAAGAAACUGAGAAGGAGAUGA